ACCAGCCAACACCAACCUCCCUUCUUCUAGCUGAUGGAAAAUGAAAUGGAAAUGCCAAGUGGAAAUGUCGCCCCGCAAUUUGUCUCAAUAGAUUCCCAGUUCGUGGCUGUGUCGUUAUCAGUACAGGUAACAAACUGCUGCCAGGUGAGGUGAGAAGCAUACGGGGUGGACUUCCCUACUUGCUGGCUCCAUUCUUUACCUGCGACCCGGUCAGGCGCAUCCAAGCAAGCACACAGCACACACAAUUGAAGGCAAGACAAUAGGACUGGUUAAAUAGUUGCAAAUUAAUCAGGAUUUUAAAGUUAAAAUAGUUUAAACAUAUAUAUUUUUUAGCUCUCAAAAUAUAAAACUUGUAGACAUUUUUUCAUCAAGAAAAACCUAUAGCCAAAUAGCUUUAAAUUGAUAUCAAGUCACCGGGUUGUUUAGGCUCCAAUCUUGGAGUAUUUGUCACAUCAAAUCAUUGCUAUCUUAGCUUUUAAAGUCAAAGGUUAUACCUUGAUUCGUUAUAUUAACAUCAGUCAAAAUCUGGAAAAGCUACCAAAAAUGGCCUUUAGAAGCUGGUUCUCGCUGCCCCUGGUUAAAGCCGAUGACGAAGAUGAGUUGGUUGAUCCUCAAGAGACACUCAGGGAUAAAUGCCGAGAAAAAAAACAUAUUGAGUCGUUGUUUAACAAAUACCAGAAGUGCAAUGAUCGCGUAAAUGGAAAAUCCAACACUACUGAGACAUGCAUUGAGGAAUUAUUUGACUAUGUUGCCGAAUUGGAUCAUUGUGUGGCGCACACCCUCUUCUCAAAACUAAAGUAAUUUGAAAUUAAAGCAAGAAAUACAAAUGUUUGCAUAUUA